UGCCAAAGCUCAUGUCCGAGAGUGUUCGGGCAAUAUCAAACGGGUGGCUCUGUGUCAAGUGCCUAUCAGUACCUAUCCAAUUCAUUUGCCCUUGAUCUGAUUAUAGCUCCCAUAACCUUACACUCGUAAUUGUCAAAUCACCUAUACUAUCCAAUCUUUUGUGCUUAUAGAUCGCCCACGGAUUUAACUUCAAAUCAUGGCCUACCCAGGAAAGCCAAAAUACACACUUCUCAGCAAAAUGUACGGCGAACGGGAUGCAGACAAAGGCGAAGAAGACGCUCCUUUCAUCUCAACCGGAAAUGGCACAAGCAGACACAGAAUCCGGACCUCUCGAAUCCAGUUGGGUCUUCAAAUUGGCACAUUCUUCUUCACGGCAGUCAUCCUUGUUCUCUAUUUCAUCAACGGCUCACCAUUCCUCAAAUCUCACUCCGCUAGUGGAGAUGGUGUUCUACCCGUAGGCAUGUCCCGCGUGAAUCCCUCUACGGCGCAUAAACUCCAACCUUGCGGCCUCGACUCUGAAACUGCAAAGGCGAAUGGCUGUGUCUUUGAUUUGAUGACCAUGGCUUGGCUUCAUAGAGACUGCUACGACGAUGAACUGUCUGAGGAGUUCCUUGAGGUGGCUUCAGAGCCAUUUUUCUAUGAUAUGGAGGGAACGAAACCUGUGAAGGAUUAUAAAGAGUUGUCCGAGGUUAAGGUGAUGGUCUGGACCACGAGAAAAUACCACAUCUUUCAUUGUUCCUAUGGAUGGAGGAUGAUGCAUCGGUCAUUGCUUAGAGGAGGAGUUUUGGAAUCUGGAUUGUCAUCCUACCAUCACACAGAGCAUUGUACGGAUCAGUUGAUGAACCAGACUGCGUCCUUUGAUACGGUUAUGACUAGGAUUAACAUCGACUUUCCAGAUUGCUGAAGAGUCGGCUUUAAGAUCACUUGCAGAUAUCAAGGUUUAUAGUUAGGACAGGGUUUAAAUGUAGCAAAGUGCAUAUGAUAGAUAGCACACCUGAAUGAUAAUCAAUCCUAUCAUAAGGGCUUUCGAAGCCAGUUGACAGUACAGAGACCUUGUCACGUGAAAUUGGAGCGAUUUCGUAUCAUUCUCUCGCUGAAAGGGAUCAUGUGAGCUUAG